GCUAAAUGGCUACCCCAUGUGUCCUGCAGCUGCUCCAGGCUCUGCACCGCCUCACUAGGCUGGCAGCAUUCCGUGACCUGUCCUCUGCCGAGGCAAUUCUGGCUCUCUUUCCAGAAAAUUUCCACCAAAACCUCAAAAACCUGCUGACAAAAAUCAUCCUAGAACACGUAUCUACUUGGAGAGCUGAAGCCCAGACGAAUCAGAUCUCUCUGCCACGCCUGGUCGACCUGGACUGGAGAGUGGAUAUCAAAACCUCUUCAGACAGCAUCAGCCGCAUGGCCGUCCCCACCUGCCUGCUCCAGAUGAAGAUCCAGGAAGAUCCCAGUCUGUGCAAGGACAAACCCUCCAUCUCAGCUGUCACUGUGGAGCUCAGCAAAGAAACACUGGACACUAUGUUAGAUGGGCUGGGCCGCAUCAGAGACCAGCUUUCCGCUGUGGCCAAUAAAUGACCUGACCCACUGCCGUGCCCCAGCUGCCCGUCAGUGAUGGAGCACCUCCCAGUGUGCAAGCUGCCCUUGCAGCUGCAGCUGACAGCAGGCGGGAUGGGGGACAAGGGGCUGGCUGCCAUCCAGAAGGCGCAAUUGGAUUGGGAGGAAGCAGCCAGGCCCCUCGCUGUUCUCCCCACUCAUUUUCUUUUUCUUUCUGAAGCUGCUGAGCAGAAGCCUCCGUCUUUAAGAGGCUCUUGUGUGUGAUGUAAUUACCACUGUGGCAGCGUGAGGGAACUUUUGCUUCGUCAGCUGCCUCUGCAUGGCUGCUCUGGAAAUUCAGGCCCAGAUUGUGGAGCUUUUCUAACAGGUUCAUUUCCAACAUUAGCUCUAAUUAGUUCAUUUCCAACCCCGGAACACAAGGAGGCAAUCAGGUGGGUGAUGCCAGCGGUCCUGCUCCUCUGUCGGACAAGCCGGGCAUGGGCUGGCCUGUUAGCUCAGUUGGUUAGAGUGCAGUGUUGUAACACCAAGGUCAAGAGUUUGGAUCCCUGUACCAGCCAGCCUACCAGAAAAAAAGAGAGGCAGAUCUCGCAGAGCAGGGCCACCAUGGUGUGCUCCAUCCAGGGCAUUCCCUGAGCUCCCUCAGCCCUGCUGGUCCACCUCCAGCAGAGAACAUCUGAAAUGGGUGCUAAUUCCCUUCUUCGUGAAGACAGGGCCUCUUCCUUGAUAUAAUGCAGCCAUUCCUGGGUGAAGAAGUGGGAGUAAUCGGAAAUAAAUAGCAGUUCUAAACAUGU